GAGCUCAGCCUGUUGCUCAUAACCUUCACGGAGAGCAUGCAGACAGACAGACGUUACAGUACCACCGCCGUGACAGUGGAGUAGAGAGCGGAACAUUUCACAGUCUCUGGUAAGACUGUUUACCUCCGGAGGGGUGAGGAGGAUUCGCAGUUUGAGUUCAGGAUGCAGACGUAUGAUGAGAAAAACACAUGUGGGAUGAUUUGUCUGAAAUAUCUGCUAUUGACCUUUAACCUACUCUUCUGGCUGGCAGGUGGAGUGGUGAUGGCGGUGGGGGUGUGGACCCUCGUAGAGAAGAGUGACUACAUCAGCCUCCUCAACUCCACCUUCUACUCUGCCUCUGCCUACAUCCUCAUAGCUGCCGGGGCUAUCGUUGUCUUCACUGGGAUCGUAGGCUGCUGUGCCACCCUCAAGGAGAUGAGGAGUCUGCUAAUAGUGUAUUUCUUCCUGCUACUCUGUAUCUUCUUGCUGGAGAUUGUAGCUGGAGUCCUGGCCUAUAUCCAGUAUCAGGAGUGUUUCCCUUUCUGCCAGCAGCUGGAUAAGGAGCUGCAACACAACCUGAAGGAGACCAUGGUUCAGAAAUACCAGCAGUCGGGAGAGGAGAGCAUCACCAGUGCAGUGGACAAACUGCAGCAGGAGUUUAAGUGUUGUGGUAGUAACAGCUCGUCAGACUGGUCAGACAGUGUGUGGAUCCUGACACCUAGCAACGAGAGACUGGUCCCAGACAGCUGCUGCAAGACACCCAGUAACCUCUGUGGCCGCAGAGACCACCCCUCUAAUAUCUACAAGGUGGAGGGAGGGUGCAUCACUAAGCUGGAGACCUUCAUUCUGAGCCAACUGCAGAUCCUGGGAGCAGUGGCGAUCGGCAUCGCCUUCCUCCAGCUCGUAGGGAUGAUCCUUGUCUGCUGCCUGUAUCGAGGUCUGAAGGAGGAGGAGUCAUACUGAGCAUCGCUGUUGGCACGACGACAACAGCAAGAAGACAACAACAACAACACAACCACAACAACAACAUAUUUACCAGUAUUUAGAUAUGCUUUCUCUCUGUCUCGGACGCUACAUACGUCUCCUGUAGAUAUGUGGAAUGAAAGUCAUUUUUUUUUCAAAGACAAAUUUAAUCUAUGUUGAAGUUUAGGUAAGGUAGGCAGCAGGAACAGGCAGACAGACAGACAGGCAAAGAGGUAGGCAGACAGACAGACAGGCAAAGAGGUAGGCAGACAGACAGACAGGCAAAGAGGUAGGCAGUCAGACAGACAGGCAAAGAGUCAGACAGACAGGCAGGCAAGCAGUCAGACAGGCAAAGAGGUAGGCAGGAAGGUUGCAGCAGACAGACAGACAGGCAAGCAGUCAGACAGGCAGGCAAAGAGGCAGACAGGAAGGUUGCAGCAGACAGACAGACAGACAGACAGGCUGUGGGACAGCCAGACAGACAGGAAGGAAGAUAAGCUGUGGAGACAGACAGACAGACAGACAGACAGACAGACAGACAGACAGACAGACAGACAGACAGACAGACAGACAGACAGACAGACGCACAGACAGACGCACAGACAGACGCACAGACAGACAGACAGACAGACAGACAGACAGACAGACAGACAGACAGACACAGACAGACAGACAGACAGACAUGCUGUGGGACAGACAGCCAGACAGGAAGGAAGACGAGCUGUGGGACGGCAGUGUUAUAGAGUUGGCUAGCGUCUAGCCUGUAUUGUAUGAGUUUCUAUUCCAUGUUUUAUUUUCUCUUCCUGCCAUAGUCUAUUCUUAGGUAGAUGCUGGUCUAUUCUGCCUUGGGUAGAUGCUGGUCUAUUCUGCCAUGGGUAGAUGCUGGUCUAUUCUGCCAUGGGUAGAUGCUGGUCUAUUCUGCCUUGGGUAGAUGCUGGUCUAUUCUGCCAUGGGUAGAUGCUGGUCUAUUCUGCCUUGGGUAGAUGCUGGUCUAUUCUGCCUUGGGUAGAUGCUGGUCUAUUCUGCCAUGGGUAGAUGCUGGUCUAUUCUGCCUUGGGUAGAUGCUGGUCUAUUCUGCCAUGGGUAGAUGCUGGUCUAUUCUGCCUUGGGUAGAUGCUGGUCUAUUCUGCCUUGGGUAGAUGCUGGUCUAUUCUGCCUUGGGUAGGUAGAUGCUGGUCUAUUCUGCCUUGGGUAGGUAGAUGCUGGUCUAUUCUGCCUUGGGUAGAUAGAUGCUGGUCUAUUCUGCGUUGGGUAGAUGCUAGUCUAUUCUGACUUUGGUAGAUGCUGGUCUAUUCUGCCUUGGGUAGAUGCUGGUCUAUUCUGCCUUGGGUAGAUAGAUGCUGGUCUAUUCUGCCUUGGGUAGAUAGAUGCUGGUCUAUUCUGCGUUGGAUAGAUGCUGGUCUAUUCUGCGUUGGGUAGAUGCUAGUCUAUUCUGCCUUGGGUAGAUGCUGGUCUAUUCUGCGUUGGAUAGAUGCUGGUCUAUUCUGCGUUGGGUAGAUGCUAGUCUAUUCUGCCUUGGGUAGAUAGAUGCUGGUCUAUUCUGCGUUGGGUAGAUGCUGGUCUAUUCUGCGUUGGGUAGAUAGAUGCUGGUCUAUUCUGCGUUGGGUAGAUGCUGGUCUAUUCUGCGUUGGGUAGAUAGAUGCUGGUCUAUUCUGCGUUGGGUAGAUGCUAGUCUAUUCUGCCUUGGGUAGAUAGAUGCUGGUCUAUUCUGCGUUGGAUAGAUGCUGGUCUAUUCUGCGUUGGGUAGAUGCUGGUGGAUUUCAACAUGUACAGUGCCUUCAGAAAGUGUUCACACCCCUUGACUUAUUCCACAUGUUGUUGUGUUACAGCCUGAAUUCAACAUGGAUUAAAUAGAUUUUCCUCGUCAAUCUACACACAAUACCACAUAAUGAUAAACUGAAAACAUGUUUUUGGAAAUGUUGAAAAAAAAUGUGUUGAAAAUUAAAUACAAAAAUAUCUCAUUUACACAAGUAUUCACACCCCUGAGUCAAUAUUUUGUAGAAACAACUUUAGCAAUGCUUACGGCUGUGAGUCUUUCUGGGUGAGUCUCUAAGAGUGAUUACAGCUGUGAGUCUUUCUGGGUGAGUCUCUAAGAGUGAUUACAGCUGUGAGUCUUUCUGGGUGAGUCUCUAAGAGUGAUUACAGCUGUGAGUCUUUCUGGGUGAGUCUCUAAGAGUGAUUACAGCUGUGAGUCUUUCUGGGUGAGUCUCUAAGAGUGAUUACAGCUGUGAGUCUUUCUGGGUGAGUCUCUAAGAGUGAUUACAGCUGUGAGUCUUUCUGGGUGAGUCUCUAAGAGUGAUUACAGCUGUGAGUCUUUCUGGGUGAGUCUCUAAGAGUGAUUACAGCUGUGAGUCUUUCUGGGUAAGUCUCUAAGAGUGAUUACAGCUGUGAGUCUUUCUGGGUGAGUCUCUAAGAGUGAUUACAGCUGUGAGUCUUUCUGGGUAAGUCUCUAAGAGCUGUGAGUCUUUCUGGGUAAGUCUCUAAGAGUGAUUACAGCUGUGAGUCUUUCUGGGUGAGUCUCUAAGAGUGAUUACAGCUGUGAGUCUUUCUGGGUAAGUCUCUAAGAGCUGUGAGUCUUUCUGGGUGAGUCUCUAAGAGUGAUUACAGCUGUGAGUCUUUCUGGGUGAGUCUCUAAGAGUGAUUACAGCUGUGAGUCUUUCUGGGUGAGUCUCUAAGAGUGAUGACAGCUGUGAGUCUUUCUGGGUAAGUCUCUAAGAGGGAUUACAGCUGUGAGUCUUUCUGGGUAAGUCUCUAAGAGAUUUACACACCUGGAUUGUGCAACAUUUGCCUAUUAUUCUUUAAAAAAUUCUUCAAGCUCUUUCAAAUUAUUUGUUGAUCACGGCAAGACAACCAUUUUCAGGUCUUAGAUUUUCAAGUCAAAACUGUAACACGGCCACUCAGGAACAUCCACUGUCUUCGUGUUAAGCAACUCCGGAGUAGAUUUGGCCUUGUGUUUUAAGUUAUUGCCCUGCUGAAAGGUGAAUGAAUCUCCCAGUGUCUGGUGGAAAACAGACCAAACCAUAUUUUCCUCUGGGAUUUUGCCUGUGCUUCAUUCCAAGUGUUACUGAGAAACACUCCCCAGUCCUUAAUUAACAAUUACAAGCAUACCCAUAACAUGAUUUAACCACAAACAGAAUACUUUGUAUUCAGGACAAAUUGUCAUUGCUUUGCCACAUUUUUUGCAAUAUUACUUUAGUGACAUUGACAUUUUUUUUAGACUUCCUUCUUUUCACUCUGUCAUUUAGGUUAGUAUUGUGGAGUAACUACAACGCAUCCUCAGUUUUCUCCUGUCACAGCCAUUCAUCUCUGUCAUUUAGGUUAGUAUUGUGGAGUAACUACAAUGCAUCCUCAGUUUUCUCCUGUCACAGCCAUUAAACUCUGUCAUUUAGGUUAGUAUUGUGGAGUAACUACAAUCCAUCCUCAGUUUUCUCCUGUCACAGCCAUUCAUCUCUGUCAUUUAGGUUAGUAUUGUGGAGUAACUACAAUCCAUCCUCAGUUUUCUCCUGUCACAGCCAUUAAACUCUGUCAUUUAGGUUAGUAUUGUGGAGUAACUACAAUGCAUCCUCAGUUUUCUCCUGUCACAGCCAUUCAUCUCUGUAACUGGUUUAAAGUCAUCAUUGGCCUCAUGGUGAAAUCCAUGAGCGGUUUCCUUCCUCUCUGGCAACUGAGUUAGGAAGGAUGCCUGUAUCUUUGUAGAAACUGGUUGUAUUGAUACACUAUCCAACGUGUAAUUAAUAACUUCACCAUGAUGAAAGGGAUAUUCAAUGUCUGUUCUUAUUAUGUUUAGCUUCCUACCAAUAGGUGCCAUUCUUUGCGAGGCAUUGGAAAACCUUCCUGGUCUUUGUGGUUGAAUCUGUGUUUGAAAUGUACUGCUCAACAGGGACCUUACAGAUAAUUGUAUGUGUGGGGUACAGAGAUGAGGUAGUCCAUUCAAAUAUCAUGUUAAACACUAUUAUUGAAUACACAGUGAGUCAAUGCAACUUAUUAUGUGACUUGUUAAGCACAUUUUUACUCCUAAACUCAUUUAGGUUUCCCAUAACCAAGCGGUUGAAUAAUUAUUGACUUAUUUAAACUUUUCAUGUUUUAUUAAUUUGUAAACAUUUAGGAAACAUAAUUCCACUUUGACAUUAUGGGGUAUUGUGUGUAGGCCAGUGAGAUUUUUUUGUGUGCAAUUCAAUCCAUUUUAUUUCAGUCUGUAACACAACAAAAUAUGGAAAAAGUCAAGGGGUGUGAUUACUUUCGUGUAUGUGCCCCAUGACCUUAGCUAAAAAGGUGAGUUUUAGGCCUUAAAUAGGAUUAUAUUGAAGCUAUUUAUGCAGAAGUUCAAAUGAGUCUGUUACAUUUGUUUAUUUAGCAUUACUUUUGUGCCUUAUAUUCAACACACAUGUAUUUUCAGAUUGUUAUAAAUCAUCUUAUUUGCAUUGUUUAAUCCUCACUUGCUACUGUCCACUGUACACAUUACUUUUAUUUUGAAAUGCGUUCAGAGAGAGAAAACGUGUGUUGAACUGUCAUUGGCUAGAUGAAACGGAGGUCAUACUAUCAUUGGCUGGAUUUCCAAACCAGUUCCUGUUUUAAUUUUUAUAAUGUUUCAUUAAGUUCUCCUGGCAGCAAGAUAUUAUGCUGGCAGUACAUGGCGGAAUUCUUUUUUCAAAAUAAGAGUCCUCCUACAAAGACAUGCUAAACUUUGGGAAUAUCUAUAUUUUUUUUACACUAGUACAGUACAACUGUUUUUCACAGAAUUUCAAUCACAUUUAAUAAAAUACAUGUAUAAUCUGACA